UCAAACUCCCUCGGCAUGAAAAUUCUCUGAUGCCUCAGAAUCAAUCAGAAUAUUUCGCUGCCAACAAAGAUUUUCGCCAUAACUAAUCUCUGCAUUAAGAUGGCGCCAUCUUCUGCAAAGGCUCAGAUCAUCGAUAAUAAAUGGCAGAAAGUUGAUCAGAGAAAGAUGAAGAAGACGACGACCAAGAGGAGGAAGAAGAAGCAAGAAUCAGUUGUGACGACGAGGCCUUCUUCUGGGUACGCAACUCCUUCAAAGACCCAUGAACUGGUCGCUGGUGAUCAGAAUAUGAAGAAAGAGGAGGAAAACGAUAAAGAAGAAGAUAUAUGUUCAAGUGGAUGUUGUACUCCAAAGGCUGAGAGGUUCAAAAUACCAGAGAUAUUAUCAUGCCCACCUGCUCCGAAGAAGACAAGGAAAUGUAUCGGCCUGAGCUGUGAUCUACCCCACAUAGACUGUUAAAGUUCAGUUCAGUUCAGCUCAGUGCAGUUUAGUUUACUGUGUUUAUGACUAUAGGUACUUUAAUUUGCAGUCCAGUAAUUAUUGAAGAGUGAAGAAAUAUGUAUUUACCCUCAUAAUCAGGUGCAAGCUCUCUAACUGUUUGAUUUCUA